AUGGCACAGUUACAAGUAAUUCUGGACCGACUCGUUGCUGAGAACUUACAUGGUCCAGUAUCAAGCACCACUACAAUUUCUAGCACUUCAGGUGUGUCUUCUAUGAACUAUUCGUCGCAUCAAAGGAAUCUAUUACGGAAACCAUUGUCACAAGGCGACUUAUUUUCCGCUUUUCAUCAACGUGAAGACGAGGAUUUGGAUGCUAAUGACCCAAGGUGGUUGAAUCUCUUUGUAGAAUAUUUUCUAGAAAAUAGUGACACGAAGAAUGAUGAUUUAUUAUUUUUCGUUCGGCAAGCUCAUCCUGAAAACGAAGAAUUAGAUCCGGUUUUUGUUAAGCGAAAAUCACCACAACCACAUGUUAUGCCGCCGUUAGAAGAUGCUGUUUUGUGGAAAGAGACGUUCUUCCUGAAUUUAAUAGUGCAGUUACCAUGUAAAUUAACGGUAGCUGUGUGUACUCGUACAACUACAAGCAAUGAUGGUACUAGUUCUGAUGGAGGCAGCGGAAAUCAAAAAACUAGUAUGACAUGUUCGCGUAAACAUGUGUCGAAAAGGGUUUAUGCAUUACCAACAAAACCUCAAACUGAUAUAAAAGAGACAUCAAUGGAAUGUUCAUAUCCACUGAUUUAUUAUGUAAUUGACGAUUAUGAAGAAAUGUUCGAACAUUUAAUUGUAACUGAGGGAGAAUAUUUAUGUGUGGAAUUGGCGGUAACUAUACCAAGAAAGAGUGAUGUCGAGGAGGAUUCGGAGGAUGAAGAAAGUGACGAUGAUUAUUAUUCGCGGAAUAGUCAACGAAAUACAAAAAAUCGAAGGUCAAUGACAAAUGGACCGUUCCCGCAGCCAUGUAAUGAUAAUAAAAUUACUUUGUUUCAAGGUGCUGCGUCUUAUUCGUCUUUAUUAGAGAUUUAUAAACAGAAAUCGGCUAGUAAAUUAAAUCGACGAUUUAAAAUGGGACCUGUUACUCCACCCACGGAAUAUGUAAUGAUGCGAGGACCAGGGGGAAAGGGACAUGCACAGGCUUGUGAACUUUAUUAUUACAUAUUAUUGGAUAAAGUUGCAAUAACCGCUACUUCGAUAGAGGAGGAGGAAGUCGAUAAUUCGCCGGAGAUGACUGAAUCCUCGCCAUCUUCACUUCAACAAGCAGCAAACUUUAUUCGAA